UGUACAUUAUUCAAUGAACAAUGGAAUGAUUUAAUAAGCAAUGACAAAUAUUUAUGGUUGUCUAUUUUUGAAAAUGAAAUGAACACUGGUUGGUUAUGGUUAAACACAGAUACGGUCAAUAUAUUAAAUUCAUUUCAUGUAAUCAAUGAAAAUUUAUUGAUUGAAUACAAUGAAAAUGAAUCCAGGCGUAAAGAUGACCACCAACAAAGGAAUAAAAACUAUCGAAAAAUCACUGAAUUAAUCACACAAAUAUUGAAUAAUCCUGCUUGUUUAAUGAAAAAAAUCUAUUCAUAUUACACUGACAUAAACAAGUUGGAAAAAGAAACAUUAGAAAAACAGAUUAUUCCAUAUUUGAAAUCAUUAAAUACUAAUGAGAUUUGUUUUAAUUGUAUAAUAUUAGGACCAGCUAUUGAUACAGUUCAUUUGGCUGGAGAAUUUAUGCAUACAUUAUUAAGUUGGAUAGAUUUAGCUUUAACAAUGAAUAAACAAUCGAUUAAAUCUAAACAAAUUCCUAGAAGAACUAAUACUUCAUGGACUGGACAAGGAUUUAUAUUACGUUUACCACAAUGUUUAUCAUUGAAUAAUGAUAAAGAGAAUUGUAAGAGUAUACUUUUUAAUACAACAAUUUUACAUUCACGUAAGCAGAUGAUACGUACUAGAUAUUGUUAUGGUGGUAGUCGUUUAUUUGGUAAUUGUUUAGUUGACACAUCUACUACAAAUCAACAACCAAUUGUUAGUGUAAAUUUUACUUCAUGUACAAUAGAUGCAAUUAGUUCAACUCAAAUUGUAUUCUAUGUUAUUGAUAUGAGAAAAGAAGAUAAUUAUUUAUUAAAUAAUGAAAAUGAUGAUUCUAUACCGUUGAUAAAUCCAUAUAAUUCAGACAGUGAAAGAUGGAAUGAAAUACGUAUUGAAUUAGAUGCUUUAACAAACUGUAUGAAUUCAGAACAAAUAUUAAUUAUUUUAGGAGUUGGUAAUCAAAAUGAUCAUGAGAAUAAUUACAAUCUUAUUGAACUUGCUUUAAAUCUUGGCUGUAAUGAUUGUACUUAUUCAAAAGAUACUAAUCAUGAAACUAAUAACAAUCAAGAGACUAUUGAUACUUGUCAUGGUAGACCGCUAUUAAAUAAGCCAUAUUUAAAUUGGAGAUUAUGGUGUACUUCAAUAAAUGAAUUGAAUUAUAAUAAUUUAGAAGAGAUUUUCUUAUGGACAGCUAUAACUUGUUUAAAUAAAUCAUCUAUUGCUAAAAUGAUGUCAAAUCAAUCAUUGACAAAACGUAUUACAACUGUACAAAAUCGUAUGAGUAAUUUUUAUCGUAUCUUUUCCAACUGAAUAGUAACAUUUGUAUUCCCUCAUAACCUGUAUUGUCUAUUCUUAUUAUUGAUUACUGUGUUUUGAUAAUAUUUUUGAAAAGUUUCUUUUUUUUUAUCAAUCUAUCAGGGAAAUGUUUGUACUUUGUGACUUAUUUUCUUUCAUCUUAACUACAAUGUAAUUCUUUCUGAAAUUGUUACGUGCAACAAUCCGAUUUUUUUUUUAUUUUAUUUUCAAAUAACCUAAAACUAAAAGUUGAUUAUCUCGAAUGAUGACAACUUUAAUCCUAUUCAAAAUGAAUCAUCAUAACUAACACGUGACAUAACCGUCAAGAGAAAAAAACAAAGAAAUAAAUUGGGCAGUUGUACUGUCAUCAAAAUACAAAUUGUCAUGACUGACUAAGAUGUUUAAAAGUCAAUAAAAAUGCAUACAAAAAUUAUUUAGUUUUCUGUUGUGUUCAAUUAUUUAUGAUGAUGGAAAUAGUUGAAGC